GAAGCUUGCUCUGCGUGUAUUCAUGUGUGACAUGUUUAACAAAAUACAUUAAAAGAAAGCGCUUUCUAAAUUGCUUAUUUAAUUGUAACUUUAUUGUAGUUUAUUGGGUACUUCAAUGCUUUUGAGGUUGUAACGAAGGACGUAGCUAAGUCUCAGGUUAACGUUAGCUAGCUGACUGUAUGUCGCUAGCCAGCUAGACUUCGCACUGUGGACGAAAUGAACUCCCGCCAGUGGUGGUUGUCAUUUCAGAUUAUUAUCGUCUUGUGCGGACGGUUGGCAAACGGAACCACAGAAUCAGGUAUUAAUUCAACCGUUAACGUCAGCUCUACAGACGGGGGGACUUUCAACUCUGCAACUCCUCCUCCGGGCGGUACACAGGCUGCGGACUCCAUCGGUGUCGGCACCACUGAGGCAGUCACUGUGGACUCAACUGUGGACUCAACGGCAAUCACGACCCUGACUGUUUCUGAGGCUCCCACUGUAGUCACUGAAGCGCCCUCUGCAACCACUACUCAGCCUGUGGUGACUUCAGAGGGUUGUCUCUGUGAUUUAACACCUAUGUUCUGUGACAUCGGCUGCUGUUGUGACACAGUAGAUUGUGGUAUUGCCAACUUGAGCACCGUCUUCACCAGAUGUCCCCAGAAAGCUAUAUCAGCGGUUUGCAUUGAGAAAUGGCUGAUGUUCAGGGCUAACGUGGAUUCGUCUCUUGUCACUGUGACUGAGUCCUUGUUUUGCAUCCGAUCUGAAGCAGAUAAGGCACCCCAGUCUCUCCCAUCUCCACCUCAGUAUCCAGCUUUAGGGAACUCAUACCACUUCUCACCUCCAGCUCCUACGAGUAGCAGCCAUAGCAGAGAUUUCUACAGGGUUGAUGAUGUCAUCCAGACAUAUUUAUCCAGCUCAUCAGUGCGGGGUCUCCUUCGUCAGCCAUCUUCAGGGGCAGCUGCUGCACUCUGUAUCAACCGCAACCCUGCAAAAUUCAUGAGGUCUGUGUCUCUGUCUUGUACCCGCAUCUUAACUCCUCAGUCCUGCACCACAGACCCCUAUCUCAGUGCUGGCUCCUACUUCUCCAACCUGAGUCUGAUCAAGAUUCCAAUAGUCGAGCAGGCACAAGUGUCAGAUUUUCUGAUCCCAGUGACUCCAGUGUCUGAUUGGCCUGCACCAAGUGAGCAAAACAGCUCCUGUGUCAAUGUGGUGACAAAGGUGGAGUUUGUCAUAGGAUACACGGGCAGAGGGGAGCUCACAUAUGCAACGGUGAAUGUAGUCUUAGCUGAUGUGGAUCCAAAUCAGUUGCUGUUACAAACACACUCUGUGGAGUUCCAGCUGGCAACACCCAGCCCCACUCCAGGAGAACCAAUUCCCGCAGCUGGACUUAGCGUGGGAUCUCCUGUCAUUGGUCGAUUUGAUGGAGAAGUGAUGCCGCUGACCACACUGGGGGUAUCACAGAGUGGGGAGUGUUCCUCUCAGCUCAGCAGAGCAUCCAUCCACUUCACACACAACACCAUCACUGGCUGCAUGUUCAGUUCCUCCUCUGGUGACUGUUCAGAGCUGCGCUCCCAGAUUUAUUGGAUCUUGCAGGGACUUGCUACUCCUAAUGUGAUUGCCAUGAAUUGGGGCUCCCAACCAGACUGGACGAGAGUCAUCAUCCAGGAGUGUCCUGUCAGCCUGCAGGAAACAUGUGAAUCAGGCUGUGUUCUCCCCCACUCUCUCUCUAUCCAAGUGCUGUGGGCUCGCCAGGGUCUGUUAGACCUUCCCCAGAGCUACAUCCUGGGGGCCAAAUACCUUUUCCAGUGUAAAAGUUUCAAGUGUCCUAUGCCGUCCCCUAUCGCUCUAACCACUGAAGUGACGUUUGUCGACACUACAGUUCACCCAGAACCCCCCAGAGGCUUGCCUCAGCCUAACUGGAAGUUUCCAUUUGGUUUCUUCACUAGAGGUACAGCUGAGCUGGACGGGCACAUCGUUAUUAACGGCACUGGCACUGAGAAGGUCACAUGGAGUUUAAUACUGUUCACAGUAAUGUUACUAACAGGAUUAGAAUUCCUCAUCAGGUAGUUUUAUCGCUAAGGGUGAAGCAGUUAGGGAAGUUUUGAGGGCUUAUAUCUUAAGGAAAAGAUUUUAUUUUGUUAAACUGUUUUUAUACAAUAUGAAGAGUUAUAUAGUCACUGGUGAAACAUCAAAGUAUAGAACACUUAAUUUAUUCUUUUGUUCUUUUUCUUUUUAUUCUUUUGUGCGUUUUCAGGAAUAAAUACAUUUUUACAAGCCA